AACACCGGAAGUUGUUUUUUUUUUUUUUGUUUCCGCUACUAGCUUGCGUCGCCUUCUUUUUUCUGUCCAUGCUAGUGAAUUAGCUCAGUUCAGUCCCGAUGGCUAACAGAACCGUUAAAGAUGCAAACAGUAUACACGGGACUAAUCCGCAAUACCUGGUGGAGAAAAUCAUCCGGACUCGAAUCUAUGAGUCUAAAUAUUGGAAAGAAGAAUGCUUCGGUCUCACCGCUGAGCUGGUUGUGGACAAAGCCAUGGAGCUGAAGUUUGUUGGUGGAGUCUACGGUGGAAACAUCAAGCCGACCCCCUUCAUCUGCCUCACUCUGAAGAUGCUGCAGAUUCAGCCAGAGAAAGACAUCAUCGUCGAGUUCAUAAAGAACGAAGACUUCAAGUAUGUCCGUCUGCUGGGAGCGAUGUACAUGAGGUUAACCGGCACUGCGGUGGACUGCUACAAGUACCUUGAGCCGCUUUACAACGAUUACAGAAAGAUCAAGAGUCAGAACAGAAACGGAGAGUUUGAAGUGAUGCACGUUGACGAGUUCAUCGACGAGCUUCUUCACGCAGAGAGGAUGUGUGACAUCAUCAUGCCUCGCCUUCAGAGGAGGCAAGUCCUGGAGGAGGCGGAGAUGCUGGACCCACGGAUCAGCGCUCUGGAGGAGGACCUGGAUGAAGUGGAAAGCAGCGAAGAAGAAGACGACGAAGAAGAAAAGAUAGAGAGACUUCAAACCCCUGAACCUCAUAGACGUAGUUACCGUGACAACGACAGGCCGCGACGCUCCCCAUCACCACGUUACAGACGUAGUCGCUCACCCCGACGGCGGAGCAGAUCUCCAAAGAGACGAAGCCCGUCGCCUCGCAGAGACCGCCAUCGCAGCAAGAGCCCUCGCCGGCACCGCAGCCGAUCCAGAGACAGGCGCCACCGCUCCAAGUCCCCCGGUCACCACAGAAGCCACAGACAUCGCAGCCACUCCAAAACUCCAGAGAGGAGCUCAAAAAAGAGUCACAAGAAGAGCCGAAGAGGAAACGACUGAUCUCAUUGUGGCAUUUUUUACUUUAUUUUUUUAUUUUACCUCCUAAACUGUUGAAGAUCUGGCCCCUAAACCCUCAAACCACAACCUGAACCUUUUCAGAAGCUUGUCGUCGUUGCUGAUGAACUCUGGACGAGUGUAAAUAGAGAAAAUGUGUUUCUUUGUGAACCGAUUGUUAAACUCUGAAAUAAAACCUCUGAUUUUA